UAGCCUCGCACGCUGCUGGCUGGUGGCGGCUGCCUUUGCCCUUGCAGGCCGGGGGUGUGCGGCAGCGGCAGCGGCAGCGAGCGGCCAUGGCAGCCGCGUCGCGGGGCGGUGGCGGCGGGCCCAAGGCGCUGGAGCUACUCCGGGCCCUGCCCAGGGUCAGCCUGGUUAACCUGAGACCCAACCCCGGCGCCAAGAAAUCGGAAAAAAGACGUGGCCGUGGAAGACAUGGAGGAAAGAAAAGUGGUCGAGGUCAUAAAGGACAAAGACAAAGAGGAAAUCGCCCCCGAUUGGGCUUUGAGGGUGGCCAGACGCCAUUUUACUUGAUUAUUCCAAAAUAUGGGUAUAAUGAAGGACACAGCCGCAGGCGCCAGUAUCAUCCCCUCAGUCUUCAAAAGCUGCAAUACCUUAUUGACUUGGGUAGAGUGGAUCCCACUCAACCGAUCGAUUUAACCCAGCUCACCAAUGCCAGAGGUGUUACAAUACAGUCACUCAAAAGGGAUUAUGGUGUCCAACUAGUGGAGAAGGGUGCCGAUAUCUUUUCAGCAAAAGUAAAUAUUGAAGUACAGAUGGCAUCUGAGCUAGCCAUUGCUGCAAUUGAAAAAAAUGGUGGUGUUAUUACAACAGGCUUCUAUGAUCCACGGAGUUUGGAAAUUUUGUGCAAGCCAAUACCUUUCUUUCUGCGUGGCCAGCCUAUUCCAAAGCGAAUGCUUCCACCAGAAGAUCUGGUCCGUUACUACACAGAUGCCAGGAAUCGUGGGUAUCUAGCUGAUCCAUCAAAUAUUCCAGAAGCCAGGCUUGAACUCGCCAAGAAAUAUGGUUAUGUUUUGCCAGACAUAAGUAAAGAUGAACUUUUCGAAAUGCUAAGAACACGUAAGGACCCUAGACAGAUUUUCUUUGGUCUUGCUCCAGGCUGGGUGGUAAACAUGAGUGAAAAGAAAAUCCUGAAACCAACAGAUGAGAGGUUGCUAAGAUACUACAGCUCAUGAAUUCUGAGACAACUGCAGAUGUACAGGAAACAUCUGGAUAUGAAAUAAUGGAUUAGAAGUGAGGUUUUUUUUAAAACACAUUCUUAUUGUACUAGUCAAAACAUUAAUAUACAUUUGUGACUGGGUAAUGCUACAGGUACAUCUCUUUUCUAUAUUGAGUCAUAAUACCGUGUAGUGAAUAAAGAAUAAAAUACACAUUCUGACACA